AUGCGUUUCUCGACGGCGCUCUCAUGUGCCUUUACAGCUCUGCUGGCGGUGCCUGCUGUGGCCGCACCCUUCGCCAUCGCACCUGGAGAUGCGAACCAUAUCAUCCUUACGGAUGACAACACUGUCAACACAACAGAAUCGAUACAGGCAGAUGCAGUCGCAGUCGCAGCAUCACGUCCUCCAGUCAACAUGUUCGCCGCCGCAGACUCAGAUUACAUCGAGCUAUCAUUCGUCAACAAGAUGGCAAGCUCAAAUGUCAAAGCCUAUGUUACUGGCAGAGACAGCAAUAACGCUCUUGUCAUGUUGUACCCCAAUGGUACCUGGUAUUAUCCCCCAGCAACAACAGCUACGACACCGCAGCCUGUCACAGCGGACGUCGCCAUUCCUCUUGGAGCACAGGGCUCGACAGUAUCGAUAUCUCUUCCCGGUUACAUCAGCGCUGGUCGCAUCUGGUUUGCCGACGGUGACCUGCAGUUCUUCACUGUCAACGCUGGUGGUCAAGUCGCCUUGGUCGAGCCUUCUGCCGUCAACCCCUCCGAUCCUUCUGCAGCAGUAAACUGGGGCUUCAUCGAAUUGACAUACAUUGAAUCUGCCAUCUACACCAACCUGAGUUAUGUCGACUUCGUCGGUCUGCCUCUUGGACAGAAGUUGACUGCAUGUGACGGAACUGUCCAACAAGCACUGGGUGUCUACAGCGAUGCUGUCGAAGAAAUCUGUGCCGACCUCAAAGAGCAAACUUGCAUCGACGGAUACCCCUGGGCCGAUCUGUGUGCCUACGAUGCCAGUUCGAAUGCUCUCCGUGUUCUCGCGCCUUACGACUACAUCUCACUAUACCCAGACGCCUUCUCAGACUACUGGACCUCCUAUGUGGACGACGUGUGGACUCACUACAGCACUACUCCCCUCACCAUUGACACUCAAGUCUCUGCCGGCCUCGUCAACUGCACAACCACAGGCGACUACCUCAACUGCGAUGGCGACAACAGAGCCUACGCUAAGCCCACUGCUGCCGAUAUUUUCGGAUGCAACGGUGGUCCCUUCGCCAUCAUCUCCAGCGACAACGAUAUCCACCGUGCCGUUGUUCCUCGCCUGUGUGCUGCCUUCCAUCGCUCUACCCUCCUGAUCCAAGGUGGAAACAUCCAACCCAUGUCCGAUGUUUCUGGCUACUAUACCAAGAGCGGCAGAGCUGCGAACUGGUACAGCAAGUACGUGCACGACUACGAGGCCGAUGGCAAGGGCUAUGCCUUCGCAUACGACGAUGUUACCCCUACUGGCGGUGUUGAUAUGGCUGGUCUUCUGUCAGUUGCACAGCCUUCUCAACUCUUGGUCACUGUUGGAGGUGUCUAA